CCCCCUUGUGUUGCUGUGGGAGGGGGUGCUGGGGAGAGUGACCCCUCCCUUGUGUUGCAGUGGGAGAGGUGCUGGGGAGAGGAUUUCAACUGGAGGGAACUGGUAGACUAGAGUGUGAUCCACUCUCAUCCUGCCUAGAGGCUGGUAGAAUUCCCUCCUCGCCCACUUCUCAUAAUAUUGGAAUGUUGCUGCUUCAGUGCUUCUCAUUUCCCUAAUUGACAAGCCUGAUGAAUUUUGCAAAAGUGCUAGUGGCCUCCUCCCAUUUUUCAGGAAAGGUGUAAGAGCAGAAGGGGACAGUGUCCUGUUAGGAUCUCUGAGGAGAAAUUGCAUCAAGGGAAGAGCAUUCUCAUGUGGGUCUGUGCCACUCUGGGUCUCCAUGAUGUUCACAUUAGGGAUGUUAAAUAUUGCUUAAUUUAAUAGCUGAGUAACCUCACUAAUUCUUUUUGGUUAGUCAACUAUUCUGUAGUCCCUAGGGGUGGAGCGGGCGGGCAGGCAGUGUGCUCCGGCCCAACUCUGGAGGAGCCCCCUGCUACACCGUGUUGCUGCCUCAGUAUCAGAGGCAACAACGCAGGGUGCCAGGCGGGAGCUGGUCCAUGAGGGGAGCCGGUUUAAAAUCUAACUCCCCUCACAGGACCCAGCAUGUUCUGCCUACCCUCCCAGCUUUUAAUUCACUUUAAAUGCAGAACUGCAGCGGGCGUAGGUCCCUGACCUGGCAUGAGCCAGGAUUGAGCCAGGCUGCAGCCUGCUAAAAAAUUUACUAGCAGGAGUUGGGGGAGGGAAAUGCUUGUUGUCUAUAACAUUAACCUAUAAGCUUUUGCUUAUUGGUUAAUUGACUACACUAUUACAUCCCUAGUUCACAGUCUACCCUGUAUGACACAUGUAGUCCUCUGAAAUAUCUUAAAAUAAUUAAAAAGAUGUCACAGCUGAUGCAAUGAACUCACAAAUUGCUUUGUACUUUUUGAUUACUUAUUUAGGAAAUGUGAAAAUGUUGUAACCCUAAAUAGAUGCUGGGCCUUCAGUGAAAAUCAGUAAGGCUCCACUAUUUGCAAUCUAGACUAUGGAAGAAAUACUGCAAAAUCACACCUGUGUUCUUCAUUAAUAGCUCUCAGGAUGGCCAUCAUCAUUAGUUUUUAGUUUCUAUCGGUAGAGUGUUUUCAAAACAUUUCUCUUAAGGCCCUGAUCUUGCAGAUGACCAUGCCUGACAGAUCCUUGUGCCUUUGUGGAUCCCACUGAUGUCAGUGAGAUUACAUUGGCACAGGAAUUCACUCACAUGAAGUCACUUUAGGAUUGGAGGCUAUGUAAUUUGUUUAAAAAAGCCUUGAGUAAGGAGUAAUUUCUCUUUAAUAGGAGAAUGGCAACUUGGAUUUUUUUUAAUUGGCUAAUUUCAAAAUAUGUUUUGGUGUGCUUUUAACAGUUUGUCUUGAGAUUUUAAAAAAUUAAUAAAGACGUAUAAGCUUUUCUGUUCUCCUGUUUAUUAAGAGUCUUUCCAGCACAAAACUGCUUACACACAGAAACUGCAAUCCAUCCCUCUGCCAAUAUUCGUCUUAAGUUUAGGAGCUCAGAGAGGCACUGAGGACAAGUUGGUACAAUUGUUCUGCAAACAAGCAAAGACCUGAGCACUCUGCAAGAUGGUGCUGGUGGGAGCAGUACGUGUUGUCCCCAGUGGGAAAGUCUACAGGCAGAUUUUUGAUGAUGAGGUUCACUUAGUACGCUCUCUGGAGGAAGCAAGAAACAAGGCAGUGCAACCUAAGUUUCCUGUGAAGAGUGGAAGGAUUCCUGUGGUGAGGGACAUGGAAAUGUGUGCUGGUAAAGGACUGCUAUCUCAUCGCCAACAGAAAUGGGUUGAGGGAAUGCCCAAUGAUGGUUCCAUUGAAAACCCAGUGUUGUACAGAGAAAUUACAGCAUUUCGAAAAGUUCAAGAAAGUGAAGAUGUGAUUGCAGCCCGUGAAGUUAGAGGCCUCAGUGAUUUCAUUAUUCCAGAAAGGACAAACAGCAAUAUCAUUGAACGUAUCUCAGAGCGCAGACGAGGCCGUCAUAAUGAAGCCACAGCUAGGCUACAGCAGGAGUUAGCCUGCAUUGGGAGGGAAAUGGAACCAUUCAUUUUGGAGCCUGGAAAGUUGCUUUUGACAAAACUGUCAGAAUCUGAUAGAACAAUUGAACUUCUAUUCAAAAAGAUUGAAAAUGACACUGAUCUGGAAGCCUUUUCAAUUGAAAGUUUUGGAGAGUUAUGGGAUGUCAUCUCUCAGGAAUCCUUGUAUAGAAGGCAGUGGAUUAAAGAGAUGGAUGAAUCCUUAAUCAAGUGUGAAUAUCACAUCCGGUCUGCACCAUCUUUAUUUUCUUCUUUGGCAGUUCCAGAAAGGACAAACAGCAAUAUCAUUGAACGUAUCUCAGAGCGCAGACGAGGCCGUCAUAAUGAAGCCACAGCUAGGCUACAGCAGGAGUUAGCCUGCAUUGGGAGGGAAAUGGAACCAUUCAUUUUGGAGCCUGGAAAGUUGCUUUUGACAAAACUGUCAGAAUCUGAUAGAACAAUUGAACUUCUAUUCAAAAAGAUUGAAAAUGACACUGAUCUGGAAGCCUUUUCAAUUGAAAGUUUUGGAGAGUUAUGGGAUGUCAUCUCUCAGGAAUCCUUGUAUAGAAGGCAGUGGAUUAAAGAGAUGGAUGAAUCCUUAAUCAAGUGUGAAGUGGCUCGAGCUGAGAAAAUAAAAGAUUUACUGAAGAAAUAUACCAAGAUCCUGGAGGAUAUUUCUUAUCUCUCACCCUCUGAUGUUCACAGGUGCAUACAUACUGAAGCCAUGAUGAUAAACCAAGCACUUCUAGCCAAUCAGAGGGCAAUAGCCAAAUUGUUUGUUAAUCUGAUGGAGGCAGAUCUGAAGAGGGAGCUGUCUGAAAGGCUCAAGUGGCAAGAGAGAGUGAAGGCCUGGAAAAUCAUACAAAAGGACUAUGCGGUUCGCAGUUUCAGAGAAUUUAUGUCCUGCAAGGAGAUACAGGAACCCCCAAGAGUAAAAAGAGACUUGGAGAACAUGAGGCAGGAGCAGAUUUCACUCAGUAGAAAAAGAAUGGAGCUUCUGCAAGUACUUUGUGAUCUUUUGCCUCCAACACAUUCAAAAGCCGAGAUAAAUGAAUGGUACGAAUCGCUUGUGGCUUUAAACAAAUAUAUCGACACCCAAAAUGUACAGCAUAUGAUGGUAAUUCGCAUCCAGUAUGAGAGAGUUUGCCAGGAAUGUUUGGCCAAUAUACAGCUAUGCAAGAAUAAAUUGUUGAGUUUAAAAGUUUGCACAGAGAAAGAGGCUGAAAAGGUUGUGAAUCCUGACUUCUUCAGAAUGGUUGGGAAGCUGCAGUGUCGGUUUGAACGAGAGCUGGAACAGAUGGAUCGAGACUUUGAAGAUCUGGCUAAAUGUGUUGAACAGAAUUGCAAAGACUUGUACAAAUAUUUCCAGCAAGUUAUUGUCCUCUGGGAUGAACAUCAACUCAAUCUGUCCCAGCAAGAAAAUGAACUUCAGGUGAAACUGAAUGAGUGCCGGCAGAAACAUGAAAACCUAAAUCAGAUAAGGGAAGCUAAUCUGGAUAUAACUUUGGACAAAAUGAGAACACAAAGCUCUGAAAAUAAGCUGACAAAUCUUUUGGGAAAGGCCUUUGCUUUUCUGGAUGUCAUUAAAGCUGGUGACCUGAUAUUUGACAGGUAUGAGGCCUUUCACCAAGAUCUAGUGAAGAUAGUAACAUCCUACCCAGAAGCUAUACUGAAGGAAUUGAUUUCUUAUAGUGCAUCCAUAAGCCAGUAUUUUGGCGUGAAGGAAGUCUAUAAACAGAACUUAGCAGGAGAGAUGGGCUCUGCACUUGAAGAAGAAGUAUUUGCUGAAGACUCAGAAGUUGAAAAUACGCCAGAGAUAACCGGGGAUAGCCUUUUACAAGAAACUGAAGAAACGGAGCAACAGUCGAGACAGGCUGAGAGUCUGACAAAAGAAACUGAAGAAACAAAUACGUUUGAGAAUGAGGAGAGCAUUGUACAAGAAAUUGAGGAAGAAAAAAAACCAGAGGAUGUGGAAAGCACAGCCCCAGAAAGGGAAGAAAGUGAAAAGUUAGAUGACAGUGUAGAAAAUGAAGUAAAUAGGUUUGAGGAUGGAGACAAUCCUGCACAAGAGUAUGAAGAAACCGAUUAUUUUAAAGAUAUUCUUCCUGAGUGUGAGGUUCUGUUCCAUGAUUAUGUUGAAGAUGAAAGCUGUGAAGUAAUUGCUGAGAUCUUUACCACUUCUAGUGGGAAUACUUACUCAGUCCUUGGACAUGUUCAGAUAGACGAGACCAAGACAUCUGAGACUUGUGCUGAAUUUUCAGAAAAAGCACUUCCUGUGCACCUGGAGAAUGUUAUUAUGCCAGAAAGCUUGUUUACAGAGCUUAAGAAGCGGAUCCGCCUCUGCUUUUUUGAGCACCUCGAGAAAUGGUUUACCCAAUCCAUGUCCAACUCCUGGAUCAUUGUAACUUCCAAGAAAGAGGAGCUGAAUUCAGAAUUACAGCUGCGUCUUCAUAUGCAUCAGCCAAGGCGCGAGAACAUAGAAAAGGAUAUCCAUAAUGUCAGGGCUGCGGAGCUGCUUCUUCACCAAGAGCGUCUGGAACGUCACUGUGCAGGGGUGGUGGAAGCACUGAACAAGGAGAAAAAUGCAUUUUUGAAACUCCAAGAGGAUCAGAAUGACAUCAGCAAGAACUUCCGCAAAAAGAUCCAGGACAUGGAGACCAUCUUCCUCAGUUCCACUAAAGCUGACAAGUUGGUUGCGCUAAGUAACUCUCUGCACUCCGAACUGCUUAAUCAUGUAGAAGUUAUCCAGGUAUCACUGCGGAGUUACCGGAACUAUUUAGAUGAAGCCUUGGGGAAACUAAGAGAUUCAAAUGUGGACUUUCUGAAAGCUUGCAGAUUAUUUUCAGAGGGAGGUAACUUUUCUCCAGACGAGGCGGAGUUCUUCUGUAAAAGUCUGGAGAAAGAAUCAGGACGUAUUGACUUCAUUGAAGGCUUAAUCAUGAUUGAUAUGGAGAAAAUGGAGUCAAAUUAUUUAGAACAAGCUACUGAGAUUAUCAACAAAUUUGAAACGAAAUUCCAUAAUCUUGCAGUGGAUCGUCUCUUCAUAGAGAAAAUCCAGCGGUUUCUAACAAAUCUACAAGUGAAAAUCAAAUCAGAGGUGGCAAACUCCAAUUUGCAGGCACAGACAUUAAACUCCUCUUUGGAUAAGUUCCUUAAGAAAAUAGAUGCCUGUGCUCAUCCUACUGUGGAUAAAGAAGCUGUGACUUCAGAAGAACUGUAUGACUUUGCCAAAACUGUGAUGAAAGAAAUGAAAAAAAGAAGCAAAUAUCUGAAUUGCCUGCUGGACCCCAUCCCAGCACACACAGAGUUUGCAUUGCAGGGUUCUAUUGCAAAUGCCGUCCGCUCAGAAAGUCUCAGAGAGGAGAGUAGGAUGAUGGUCAUGGGCGUGGAUAAUAUUCCACUGCUAAAUCCAAGCAGACUUGGAAAGUCAGUUAUUGAAGAUGUAGCAGUAAGCACUAUCAGACAUUUACUCCAAAUUCAGCAAUCCAAGAAAUCUCCAGAACUGCGGCAUGAGAGAGAUGAUCGCUCACAGUCAGUAGCAGGAGGGAUCUAUCAACCCAUCUAUCAACCAAUUUAUCAAACAACUUAUCAGGCUCCCACAGCACAGAGAGUUUCUGUUUCAAAUGUACAUGCUGAAAGUCCCCAGAACUCUGUUCCUUAUGGCAAUGUGUAUGGAGGACCCAAGAAGUCUUUCUCUGCAAACAAAAAGCUCUCAGUAGCGAGUAUGCAAAAAUACUCCAGAUCAACUCGAAUUGACAAGAAAUUCCACAUAUUUGGAGAGAGGCCUAAACAAUCUGAUCAUUUUAAGGGGAUUAUCAACUGCAUUCUUUGGGAAGGUAACAAUACCUUGCUGUAUCUUGCUGAGGAGUUUUACCGAAAGGAUAAGCAUCAAAUCACAAGGCCUGAAUAUCUGCAAGAAACAUUUGAACAUUGUGCAGAAGUAUUUGGGCAGAAGCUCCUGUCUUAUCAGAGCCAGACAGAUGAUUACCAUAAUUCCUGCCUACUAGAGUUCUGGGAUCAGCUGAAGUUAUUUGAAGAACAGCUUCCUCAUGUCUCCCGUCUGGUUAUCGACAGCCUUUUCCAAGAGCACGAGCAGCAGCUCAGGCACUCCACUGAUCAGAUCCGGCAGCUCUUCAGAGCACAGCUGGAAGAAUGGGACAGUGCAAAGGCCGAGAACAAGAAAAAACUGCGUCCAGCGCUGGGGCACCCAGACAACUUACCCCUGCUGGAGGUUUUGUGCCAGGAGGAGUUAAAAAGACAAAAAGACCAAGCUGAUGGGAUACUCCUGAAUACCCAGAAACUGCAGGCCUGUGCUACUGAGUGUGUCCAGAAAUUUGUUUCUGCGCUAGCUAGCCUCACGGAAAACCUGCUUCUGGAGUUAGAUGAAUGUAUCACCAUUGAUGAUGUACAAGUAGCAAAAAUUGAAAUGCCGAAAGAAAAGACUUGCACUUUAAUCCGUCGUAAACGAGCUGGACUUUCUUUAGAGAUCCAUGAGGUGAAGCCAUUAACUGAACGUGGCAGCAGGACCUGGCCUGGAGUACCUAUGACUAUGCUCACAGAUGUUCCAGACCAUAUUCUCUGCAGAGAAACUGCCUCUGUGACAACAGCCAAAACGACUCUGGGUCAUGUUUCAGCAGAAGAAGCAAGAGAUGCAGCCUAUGUGAAAUAUAAGCAGAAGCUGGAGGAAGAAUUUGCCAAGAUGAAGGAAGAAAACACAGCCCAGCUAACCCAGUCUCAGCGCUGGGAGGGGUGGUGGAAACAAUCUGUUCAGAAGAUAAAGCAGCUUUAUGCAUGAACCUCUUGUUACAUGUAAAUCUGUGUUAAUAAUGUAUCAGUGUCUUUGUUCUACAAAUAAAACUUUAUUAGAGAAAAAAG